CCAUGCAGGGAGACCAUGCCUAGACCCAGGAAGAGGCUGGCUGGGGCUGCUAAGCCAUACAGGAAGGGGCCAGCAGAAAAAUAUACCAAGACUUAGGAACCAGAUGAGGCAUCAACUAAAGUGGUGAACUCUAGCCCUCAGAAGACAUCAACCUCUAAAAAUUGUGGGAAGAAUCUAAGCAACUGCUGGCUGACGACGUCAGAGCCAGAAAGCCGACUAGAGAAAGGUGUAGAUGUGAAGUUCAGCAUUGAGGACCUCAAAGCGCAGCCCAAGCAGACAGCAUGCUGGGAUGGUGUUCGCAACUACCAGGCCUGGAACUUCCUUAGAGCCAUGAAGCUGGAGGAAGAAGCCUUCUUCUACCAUAGCAACUGCCAAGAGCCAGGCAUGUCAGGACUUGUGAAGAUUGUGAAGGAGGCUUACCCAGACCACACACAGUUGGAAAAAAGCAAUCCUUAUUAUGACCCAUCCAGCAAAGAAGACAACCCUAAAUGGUCCAUGGUGGAUGUACAGUUUGUUCGGAUGAUGAAGCGUUUCAUUCCCCUGGCUGAGCUCAAAACCCAUCACCAAGCUCACAAAGCCACUGGUGGCCCUUUAAAAAAUAUGGCGCUCUUCACUCAGCAGAGACGCUCAGUUCAGCCCCUGACCCAAGAGGAGUUUGGUUUUGUUUUGAGUCUGGAGGAAAAGGAACUGAGAUAACUGAGACACUCGCUGGAAUGGGCAAGACAUUACUCCAAAGAAGUGAAGUUUCUAUUAAGACACAAGGAGGUGUAA